AUGGCCAAGUGGAACAAAACAUCAGUAACUGAAUUUGUUCUUCUUGGCUUCACAGAUCAUCAAGAGAUCAAGGCAGUGCUCUUUGUUCUCUUCUUAGCCAUCUAUCUUGUCACCUUGGUGGGAAACAUUGGUAUCAUCAUAUUAAUCUGGAUCAGCCCUUGCCUCCGCAGUCCAAUGUACUUUUUCCUCAGUAAUUUGGCCUUCCUAGACCUCUGUUACUCCUCUGCCAUUACACCUAAAAUGCUUCUCAAUUUCUUAACUGGAAAGAAAACCAUCUCACUGGCAGGAUGCAUUGCACAAAUGUAUCUGUUUGCUUCCUUUGCAGAUGCUGAGUGCCUUCUCCUGGCUGCCAUGGCAUAUGACCGCUACAUGGCCAUUUGUAACCCGCUGCUUUAUCCAGUUCUUAUGUCCCAUAGGGUUUGUUUCUGGCUGGUAGCUGGCUCUUAUCUUAUGGGUGGCGUGAGUUCACUAAUGCACACUUAUUUUACGUUCCGCUUGUCAUUUUGUGGAACUAAUGUCAUCAAUCAUUUCUUCUGUGAUAUCCCUCCACUGUUAGCUCUCUCCUGCUCCAACACGCACAUUAAUGAAAUUCUUCUUUUUGCCCUGUGUGGUUUCAUCCAAAUGAGCACUUUUUUGUUGAUUGUUAUCUCCUAUACCUUUAUCCUCUGCACCAUCUUGAGGAUCCAUUCUAUUGAAGGCCGCCAGAAGGCCUUUUCAACUUGUACCUCCCACUUGACAGCCGUUGCUUUGUAUUAUGGGACCCUUCUCUUCACUUAUUUGCGACCAACCUCCAGCUAUAUCCCGAAUACAGACAAAAUAAUCUCAGUUUUUUAUACUGUGGUUUUUCCCAUGUUAAACCCCUUGAUCUAUACUUUAAGAAAUGAAGAAGUAAAGGAUACCUUCAACAAAUUAUUGCAAAGAAAACUGAUUGUACUCAGAAGGAUUGGGAGGUUUUCUCAGUGUUUGCACUAG